UUCUCGGGUACAGUAAUAGUGAUAACAAUAAUGAAGAGAACAUUGAUAUCAAUUAUAAUAACAAAAAUGAUAGUGGUACAUUUGAUGUCGGAGAGUUCGGUAAUGACAAUGUUGACUAUUCUUGUACAGUUGAGACUGAUAAUGUUGUUAAUCAUGAAAUAUCAAGUCAAACAUCUAAGUUAUCCCAGAAAUUUUUGGAAAGUAUAAUUUCUCGUAUAAUCUCUGAUUAUGAAUGAAAUUCCAAAACAACAAGUUCCUAAAAUUGAUCUAAUGACACCAGAACUUGCUGCGGCUUUGGAUAGAGCUAAUGUGAGUAGUAGGUCGGCGACUUACAUUUUUGCUGUUUUAUUAUCUAGCCUAAAUAUUGAUUGUGCAAGCGUAAACUUCAGUCAUUUGACUAUUCACCGAGCACGGGAAAACUUUCGCAAAGAAGCGACGUUAAAUCUGAAAACUAAUUUGGAAACUGAUAUAAUUAUGUGCUACAUUUUGAUGGAAAACUGUUGUCAGAUAUUACAGGUAUAGAAAAAGUUGACCGGCUUCCUAAUAUUUUAUCAUCAUCAGGUAAAUUUCAACUGUUAGGAGUCCCCAAACUAGAAUCUGGAACUGGACAAAAUCAAGCUUCAGCUAUUAUUACAACAGUAAAACAAUGGAAUAUUAAUACUGAUAACAUCAAAGCAUUGUGUUCUGAUACUACAGCGUCAAAUACGCGAUGGAUCAUUGUCGUGACGAUUACCGUGAACUCCUGCAAUUAUCAUCGAUAUUUUUGAGUGCUACUACCACAAAUAUUACAUUUAAGCAUCCUGGAGCCGUCCAUUAUGCAAGGUGGAUGGCUAAAGCAAUAUAUAGUUUAAAAAUUUUUUUAUUUAGAAAUGAAUUUCAUCUUACUAAAUCAGAAAUAGCUGGAUUACGAGAACUUAGUUUAUUUAUCAUAAUAUUCUAUUUAAAAGCUUGGUAUACUGCGCCGUGCGCUAUAGCACCACCUAAUAAUGAUUUAACUUUAAUUAAAGAAUUAAUUUCAUAUACAAAAUUUAAUAAUACUAUUUCACGGGCAUGCUCAGAAAAAUUAGCCAAUCACUUGUGGUAUUUAAAUAACGAGUUGUCUGUUUUAUCUCUCUUUGACGAAACUGUUUCGGUUGAAACAAAAAGAAGAAUAGUUCAUGCUUUAAAAAACUGUGAAACCAAUGAAACUACAACAAGUCGUUUUAUAAUCGAUAAGAAAAAUUUAGAGUCAUUAUUAAAUAAAGAUCUUAGUCAAUUUGUAUCUAUGAGAUCGAUAAAUCUGUUUAAAUCGUUUGAUUUGUCGUAUGAUUUCAUUGAUGAGGAUGUAACUUUGUGGCCUCAAAAUCUAAAUUACAAAAGAAACUUGGACUAUUUUGAGAAACUUCAAGUUGUAAAUGAUGUAGCAGAACGCGGCGUGGCAUUAAUAGAGCAGUAUAAUCGAUGCUUAACGAAAAAUGAAGAACAGCUUCAGUAUUUAUUGCAAGUAGUGACAGAACAUAGAAAACGAUAUCCUAAUUUAUAA